CUGGGGAAAAUUAUAAAUUCUCGUUGGUUGACUAAUCUGGGAGAUGAAAGUCUUAACUUAAUACUUAAUAACACCGGUUAAGUGCGAUCGAUUCAUCACCCCAAAAGUCAAUCCAUUAGCUAACGUAUAUGCAGAAGUCUCGACAGAGAAACACGUAACAAAGACUUAUAGCUGUCUUAUUUGCAGACUGACUCAACAAAGGCUGGUGUAUUGUCUCUAAAACAACAGAUAUGUUUUUAACAACUUAGGCAGAGUACAAUAAUAUACAAAGCCUAUAUCUCAAGAACAUGGACGUUCUUGAUAUCAUAGGCCAUAUCAGUUGUGAUUUGGCUCAACGAAGACGCGAUGGUAUUCGCCCUACGAGUAUUGUUAAUGUGAACUACUUCUUUGAUUUUAAUUGGAAUGCAGCAUCUGCAGUAUCGAUGAUUUUAAAUCAAGGAGUAUGCCACUGUGUGCUUCAUAUUUACUGAUGUGCAGAGCAGCCAAUAAUCAGUUAACCACUUUGCUUUUCGGUGACGAAUUGCAAACGAAAAUGAACCAGAUACGAACAUAGAAUAGAACUAAAAACAAGGCGAGUUGUGCUCAUUUUCCAUCCAGACGAAAAAACGCCUCUCAUCCAGCACCAGCAAAAUUGAGCCCGAAAACAGAAGUCUUUUGAUGGAAACACCCGCAUCAGAGCGGCAAAUCGCAAUGCAAGUAAAUAUAAAGACAGCGGUUUGACCAAAAUCAUUUUGUGGAUCAACAGAAACAUCAGAGAUGAGCAUUUUGACAAAAUUGCAGAAUAAUAGAUGUACUCGAGCCUUAAAGUAUAGCAUAAAACGUUUGAAACUGGGAAAAUAUAACAAAAGGAGAGUUGAAAAUGGCUUCAAGAUAGUAAGCAGUUCAUUCGAGUUAACCGUGUUUCAAGAUAUUAUUCAUAGCCUAGCGUAGGCAGGCAAAGGAUUGAAUUUAUCGUUCGUUCUCGAGGAUGACGUCUUCUGGAUUAAUGCUCCUUUUCCUUCUCUGGUGUCUGUUCUGUUUUAGUCAUCACUAUAUUCAUGCUGAUCAGAAACCUCGAACUCUCUCUUGGGGAAUAUUUUACAAGUAUGAUCUAUGGUUCUUUGAAAUGUCCAUGCUUCAAAGUCUUCUGGAAGCCUUCAUCUCAGGAAUCGCUUUGAAACUUAGUGGUAAAUCCUUACAGAUAUUUUCAUUUGAUGGUAAAAUUUUGAUGAUGAUAACUUUGUCCCAACUAGUGGGAACAAUCUGCUCAAAUGCGGCCAUUUUUAUUCACAGUGUGAGCAUUCAAAAUAUUUUCUCCUGCUUUGCGCCCAUCAUGGUGUACAUCUUAGUCUUUUUUCUUGACAACCAAGUGAAGAACACUAAAGCAAUCCUUUUUAGCUUAACUCUUCUCAGUCUUUCUCCUUUUUUACUUGUCAUGCGCAGUGACAAUCUUUCAUUCACCAAACCAUCCAUCAUUCUAGGAAUUAUUCCACUAAUUACGCGACCUUUAAGGAAUAUCUACUUUAAAGCACUCAGCGAUGGCGAAGAACAAUUUGUACAAAAAUGCUUUUUGGUUUCCUUUAUAUCUUUUUUAAUUACCUUACCACUUGUUCUAAUAAAGUUAGCUUAUACUUGGAUUUUUCCUUCGUUAAAACUAGAUAUGGUUCUCCGAGAAACAUCGUUUCACCUUUUUAACAAUUCAAUUUCGUUUUUUUCUGGAGAAAUUUUCACCUUUGUUUCAAUCAUUUCUUGGGUCGCUCAUAAGAUAUUUUGUUGUAAUGAUAACGUUUAAUCUGUCAGAUUGUUGCUUUCUUUUUUCAAUUAUAACGAUUUCGCUGUGUCUUGUUGGUGUUAGUAUAUUUUUCAUGAAAUGGAAAGGCAACUCGAAAGCGAACGAUAUACGAAAACAUGUAGUGAAAUAUUCUGUUCUCCUUAAUGUCGUCUUCGGUUUUUACACUGUUUGGAAUGGGACAUAGAAAGUGAACAUUGAUGCAACGAAACUAUAUCCUCAAAGUUACUUUAAUGUAUUACUGCCCGCGAACAAUUCUCGACAUCUUCACCAACGAAAUGGAAAGCUUACCUUUCAUGCAAUAUUCACCACUUCACCGCAAAGUUUUAUUAAAGUAAUGGACGAAAGUCGUUUAAUCUGUCAGAUCGUUGCUUUCUUUUUUCAAUUAUAACAAUUCCGCUGUUUCUUGUUGGUGUUAGUAUAUUUUUCAUGAAAUGGAACGAAAACUCGAAAAAGAACGAGAUUCAAAAAUAUUUAGUAAAAUACUCUGUUCUCCUUAAUGUCUUCUUCGGUGCUUACAUCAUUUUGGAUGGAAAAUGGAGGAUUUUUACAAACAAAACAGAAAAACUAUAUCCUCAAACUCAUUUUACUAACUUACUUCUUGGAAACAAUUCUCGACAUCUUCACCAACGAAAUGGAAAGCUUACUUUUCAUGCAAUAUUCACAACUUCCCCGCAAAGUUUAAUUGACGUAAUGGACGAAAGAGGCGGCAAGUCAAAAGUGCAAGGAGAGUUCAGUUGGCGUCAUUGGCGCUGUGUGGAGUCUGUGUUUUAUCAUCAUCCCAACGCGACCAUGAUCAUCCAUAGUAAUACCCUGCAUUUGUCCAUGCUUGAUGUCUUGAGAAAGAAAGGCUAUGAUGCACACGUACAACGUUACAAACUAUCAGAACUGGCACAAGGAACGUCAGCCGUAGAAUUCGUACGAGACGAGCUACCUUACGCCAUGGAAAGACAAAAUUGGUAUAGCCAUGAAACGGACCUAAUCCGAUUGCUUCUGUUAUAUAAAUACGGCGGCAUUUAUAUCGAUACUGACGUCAUAAUAGUGAGAGACUGGCACGACCUACCCUCAAAUGUUAUUGGUUGGGAAAGCUCAGAUACUCUGAAUGGAGCAAUUUUGAAAUUCGACAAACCAUGUCAUCCCUUUCUACAGAUGUGCAUUGAGCAAUUUUCGCGACACUAUUCCCAGGCCUUGGCAGAAAACGGUCCUUUAUUGUUGAGCCGCGUUUAUCAACAAUGGUCAGCAGUAAACCGUAGCAAUGACGUCAUAUUAGUAAACAGCAACGUGUUUUAUAUGUUUUUUUAUGGAGCGAUUGCAAAAGAAUGCUUUGAAGUGACUUUCGGAGCAAUUUACAACGCAAAGAUGAAGAUAUUGGAGGACGACGCUUACGCUGUGCAUUUGUAUUCUAAAAUGACGGGUGCCUUUGGCAUCAAAGGGGGGGGGGAAAUAAUUAAGAAUGGGACAAUAUGUGAAUAUUUAUUGAGUAGAUUUUGUGUUUUAUGCCAUGAAAGUUAGAAAAGCUGUUAUUACACUGAAAAUACUGUAUCCUGAUUGGCAGAAAAGCAUUGAAGGCCAAACAAUAAACUUCUUUUCAAUUCAAAAA